AUGGGCGCGCGCGUCGGGGCGCUGCUGCUGGCGCAGCUGUUGGUGCGAGCGGAGCUCGGGAGGCAGGGUGAGCUCAGCCGGGGGCCGCGGGCCGGGCCCUGUGGCCAACGAACCGUUUCGACGCGCGUGGUGGGCGGAAAGGACUCGGAGCUGGGGCGCUGGCCGUGGCAGGGCAGCCUGCGCUUAUGGGGCUCCCACCACUGCGGAGCGAGCCUGCUGAACCGCCGCUGGGUGCUCACGGCCGCGCACUGCUUCGAAAAGCACAGUGAUCCCUUCGAGUGGUCGGUCCAGUUCGGGGAGCUGUCUGCCUCGCCGUCUCUCUGGAAUCUGCAGGCCUACUACAACCGGUACAGUGUGGAGGAGAUCAUUUUGAGCCCCAUGUACCUGGGGGCUUCAUCCUAUGACAUCGCCCUGCUGAAGCUGUCCUCCUCUGUCACCUAUAAUAAGUACAUCCAGCCCAUCUGUGUUCUGACCUCCUCUUCCGAGUUCCAGAACCGGACCGACUGCUGGGUGACCGGCUGGGGGGACAUCCAAGAAGAUCAGGUGCUGCCAUCCCCCUACAUCCUCCAGGAAGUGCAGGUCGGCAUCAUAAACAGUGCCAUCUGUAACUACCUCUACACACAGCCUGCUUUCCGCCUUGACAUCUGGGGAGACAUGAUUUGUGCCGGCCAUGUCCAAGGUGGCAAGGACGCCUGCUUUGGUGACUCAGGUGGACCCCUGGCCUGUGAAAAGAAAGGGCUGUGGAUUCAGGUUGGAAUCGUGAGCUGGGGAUCAGGCUGCGGGAGGCCCAACCGGCCUGGUGUCUACACCAACGUC